UCAGUUCAAAACAAAAACCCCUACUCUUUCCGUGUUGCAAAGGUUUACCAUUUCUAUUCCUCACUCUCUGAGACCAAUUCAAUUUGGCGCAUAUUCUAUGGAGGUUUCUACAGCCACACUCCAACCCUCUUGCUCUUUCCCGCUAAGAGCCCCUAAAACAAUUACCAGUGACCGCGGGUCUUCUCUAUCUUUCAUCAGAACUUCGUCUAAAAACUCCUCCCUAUCCUCUAAACCCAUCAAAGGUUUUCAGUUACUAGUUAAACCGGUCAGGUUGCGGCGGCUAUCGGUUGUUGCAGCUGUUGUUGGUGAUAAAACUUCAGUGCCAAGUGAUUGUUCUAGUGGGGAAGAGUUGUCUGUUUCUGAUUCUUCUGAUCCUACUUUGGUUGGAGAUGAACAUGGAGGAAAUGGUGAGAAGGGGGAAGAGGAAGGUGGUGUUGGGUCCUUGGAUGACCACAAAAUGACCCGAAUAUGCGAUAAGCUUAUUGAGGUUUUCAUGGUUGACAAGCCCACUCCAACUGACUGGAGAAGAUUAUUGGCUUUCAGUAGGGAAUGGGAUGAUAUCAGGCCUCAUUUCUUUAAGCAUUGUCAGGUCCGAGCAGAUGCUGAGGAUGAUCCUGGAAUGAAGCAUAAGAUACUUCGGCUUGGGCGGAAAUUGAAGGAGAUUGAUGAAGACGUGCAAAGACACAAUGAACUGCUUAAAGUUGUUAGAGGGGCUCCAUCAGAUAUCAGUGACAUAGUUGCCAGACGUCGCAAAGAUUUCACAAAAGAAUUUUUUGUGCAUCUUCACACAGUUUCUGAGUCCUAUUAUGAGAAUCUAGAAGAGCAAAAUGCUUUGGCAAGCAUUGGAAAUACGUGCUUGGCAGCUGUACAAGCAUAUGAUUCUGCAACCGAAAGCAUUGAAGCACUGAAUGCUGCAGAGUUGAAAUUUCAAGAUAUUAUUGACUCUCCUUCUGUUGAUGCUGCUUGUAGGAAGAUAGACCACUUGGCUGAGAAAAAUCAACUCGACUCAGCAUUGGUUAUGAUGAUUACAAAAGCUUGGUCAGCUGCUAAGGAAUCGAGCAUGACAAAAGAUGAGGUAAAAGAUGUAUUAUAUCAUUUGUAUGUAACUGCAAGAGGUAAUCUUCAGAAGCUCAUGCCAAAAGAAAUUCGGAUAGUUAAGUAUCUGCUCACAAUUGACGAUCCGGAGGAGCGGCUGUCUGCCUUACAAGAUGCAUUUACCCCGGGAGAGGAACUGGAAGGGAAGGAUGUAGAUAACCUCUACACGACCCCCGAGAAGCUUCACACCUGGAUAAAGGCUGUCGUGGAUGCUUAUCAUUUGAGCAGGGAAGGUACUCUAAUAAGGGAAGCAAGGGACCUGAUGAAUCCAAAGAUCAUCAAAAAACUGGAGGACCUGCAGAAGGUAGUCGAAAACAAGUUUUUGUAACCGAGGGCAUAUACACCAUCAACAGUAUGCGUCUACAUGUUAAAGAUCAACACUACUGGUCUCCCGGACCCUUGCCCCGAGUCUCUGGAGUUACAGUUUACGUUCUUGGUGGCAUGAACUGUGAAGCUAGAAGAAUUAGACAUCAAAUGAUUUGUCAGCCUUAUAGGUUAUAACUGCUGCAGUUUGUUGGAUUUUUUGUAGUGUGAUGCACAGCAGCCCCUUUUUCGUUGUAUACCACAGCUUUGUAUGGUUACAGACUCAUAAGUUCUUCUAACUAUAAAUCAAAUUGCAAGUC